AAUUGUCAAUUGAAUGUGAUUUUGAAGACUGGAAGCUUUGGAGGUUUUGAAUUUGAUUUUGGAUUUUGAAAAUAUAAAAUAAAAACUUUGAUUUGUGCUUUGAUAAAAAUUAAACAAUCUAUUUUGAAUGUCUGUUAUAUAUUAAACAAUGAACUCUCUCAUCAAAUUCGCUCAGUGUUCAUCGCUGUCGGGAUGCUCACCAGUGUUCGCAUCCCAAUUUCACACGUCUUCUGCUUUGAGCAGAGUGGUUUCAGGAAAGUACAGAAUAACCAAGAAGAGAGACCGACCACUGACAUAUGAGAUGGCCAAUCCUCCUCAUUAUAUCGCUCAUCGCAAGUCCUGGAACUCUUGGAAUACUUCAAGUUUAAAAGAUGGACUUAGAAGGUCAGAGACUGCGGUUGAAGAUGAGUUUAUUAGAAGAUUUUUCACUGGCACUUGGCACGGCCUGGUGUGUAGUGAGAUAAUAAUAAAACGUCAGUUCAACCACAUUCGCGUAGCGGCCAUAGUGCGUCGAGCCGUGUCCCCCACUAAGAUGUACUUCCUCAUCGGCUACACGGAGGAGUUGUUGUCAAACUGGAUACAGUGCCCCGUCACACUAGAGCUACAGACCGUGGACAGCUUCAAAGAUGUUGUAUUUAAGUAUAUUUAGGUAUUUUGUUGAGAUUAAUGUACAUAAAGUAGCUAUUUAGUUAAAUAUUAGAUACAAAUAAAAUAAUUUUUCAAAUGUA